AUGGCAGACUCUUCAGAUGGCAAGACCCAGGAGGAUGGGAUGGUAGCCGUUGCUCUGCAUCAUUCAGAUGAUGCAUCAUCUACUGACUUGUUAAAGCUCGCCGAAGAUGAUAAUCCCAUUGGUCAAGCUGGAACUUCAAACACUCUUCUUUUCCGUGUACCAGCAUUGCCAUCUUUGGGCCAUCCAAGCCUGUUGCAGCAUCCCAGUUCAAGAAAGCGUGGACCUUCCCCAGUUGACACUAUAAAAGGUUCUCAAAAGAAGCCGCGACACUGGAGAAGUCGCCAACCAGGAUCCAUCAUGAAUUCAUCUUCAGACCUUCCCACCCAAGGAGCUAUGUCAUUCCAAGGGCAAGGAGCAAGUCAAUCAUCUUUAAACCCCAUUAAGCAACCCCAACCCCAGCCCCAGCCACAGGACAGCGCUUAUACGGAAUCGCGCUUUGAAGUCGCCAAUUCCACCCAGUCUACCAGUACACUCAACAACUUCGGCGAAAUUGGUGGAGAAAGCAAACCAGUAUCCGGCUCCCACAUUCUCACAGAGUCUGAGAUUCCAUCUCUACCGUACGGCCUUGGACUUAUUUACGCCGAGACCUGUAGACUGAGGGCUGAAUCGAAGCGUCGCGAGGAAGAGAUGGAAGCCGAGAAGGCAGCCGAGAAAGCGCGUCUCGCGGCUGCGAAGAAGGCCAACGAAUUCCGAUGGCCCGGUGACACUUCGGCGUAUCCAGCAGAGUCUUUCGUAUUCUUGAACCCUCCAGGCAGCAAGCUCCGCGCCAAGGCUGUCCACAUCGGCACCCCGAAGAGCCAACCCUUGGCGUCACGCGUCAGCGUCUACGCCGUCAGACAAGAAGGUAGCGCCGAUAUUGAGUUCAGAAUGGCUCGAGAUGGCUCGACCCCGGAAGAAAUACGCCAGGGACACUCAGUCGACUACAAGCAGAUCCGCCUCAACGACUUCUUCAAGGGUAUGAAGCAGAAUCAAGCUGACCUUUGGGCCAGGCAGCUGUUAGCUCAGGUUCCGGGUAUCAACGACUCUAUUGUCAAGUGGAAAUAAGAAACCAAUAACCGAUACGGGGGCACAAGAAGGUUCUUAAAAGUUCCCUGGCUUGCUGCAUUGUCUCUUAUGUCCUCGCAUGACGAGCAUCACUUGCCAGACAACACCCCAAAAU